AUGGCAUCUCAAAAGCCCAUUAUAGUGAUUGUGCCAGGAGCUUUUCACAAGCCAAUCCACUACCGCAAGAUCACGGCCUUAUUACGCUCUCAGGGCCACGAAGUGAUUCCUUACGACCUGGCUUCUUGCGGUGACACCGUGGAUCCAGAGGUGACAUUCAUUGACGAGGCAGCUGAGAUUCAAAAGAAGCUAGUUCCUCUGCUGGACGAAGGCAGAGAGGCUGUGAUUUUCUCGCACAGCUAUGGAUCUUUGCCGGCUACGCAUGCCACGGAGGGCCUCACCGCUGUUGAGCGUGCUGAGAGGGGCCUCAAGGGCGGGAUCAUCGGAGUUGUCAGCCUUGCGGGCUUUGCGUUUCCUGCUCGUGGGAAGGGAAUCAUGGGGGAUGAAACUAUUGUUCCGCCUACGCCGUACCAAUUCGUUGAGAAUGGUAUCACUCACCUGAAAGAAGAAGCAAAGGAACUGUUCUACAACAAUCUGAGUCCCGACGAGGCCGAUGCCGAAUGGGCUAAUCUGCAUAAGGGACAAACGCGAAAGAGCUUUACCUUGUUUCCACAGUAUGUGGAAUCCGAAAUCAAGUGUCCGAAGUUCUACAUUCUGUGUACGAAGGACGUGUGUGUUCCACCGGCGUUUCAGGAACAUCUGGCUAGUGUUGGGGAAUACACGGUCACUAAACUGGAUGCGGGCCACGAUGCCUUUCUAGCUGCUCCAGAAGAUGUGGUGGCUGUUGUGUCAAAAGCUGCUUCGAUUAGCCAGUGA